UAGACAGCGUGCGCCUUUGCUACCUGCUGAAAGUAGUUAGUGAAAAAGCCCCCAAGAGCCGCUCAGAUCGGGGGUCGCGAUGGGCACGUUGUAGGGUCUUUAUUACUCUAACCUAAGACAGUCGAGGAGCCGUCGGACCUGGAAAUGUGAAUGGUGUGCUUGAUGGGGCAGCUUCAGCAUGAAGACGUCCGUGGAGAUCUUCUCGGUGCUUCCGUACUUGGAUGACAUGUCCUUUGGCUCGAAGGGAGUCGCAUCUUGAACUCUAUCCCGAGGUUAAACACCAUCAACCUUUAAAACUCUUCGGACCGAAUGGUUUUCAGCAAUAUUAUAGCCUAAUAUAUUAAUCCUAAACUGACGGACAAUACUUCCGCGCCACCAACUUAAUAAAAACUGGAUUUUUAUGAUUUACAUGAUGAUGAUAUGUCGCUAUUUUGCUUUUUGGGGAUUGUGGUGGACUUCGUGUAGCAUACUUUCCAUACCAGGUAGCAGCUAUUUAUUUAACGGCAAUAAGGAGAUUGGCUCCAGCUUCCUAAAGCGGAGGCUGCGGACGCAGGAGCGAAGGGAGAUGCAGAAGGAGAUCCUGUCCAUCCUGGGGCUGCCGCAGCGGCCGAGGGCGCGUCCGUCGCAGGAUAAGUGCAACUCGGCCCCGCGCUUCAUGCUGCACCUGUACAACAGCCUUUCGAAGGUGCAGAGAAAUGAAGUCGACGGCGCCGCGGAUCCGCACUCAGCCACGCCGCCGUCCCCGGGAGCCUCGCUUGCCUCUUUCCAGGACAGCGCCUAUUUAAAUGACGCCGAUAUGGUGAUGAGUUUUGUCAAUUUGGCGGAACAGGACAGCGACCCAUCCCCAUCCCAGCGGUGGUCCAGAGGCCUCAGGUUCAACCUGUCCCAGAUCAAUGAAGGCGGGGCCAUCAUCGCCUCCGAGCUGCGGCUGUACAAGGCUGCUGUCGCCGAGGCCUUCAGGAAUGAGACGCUGGUCAUCAGGGUCUACCAGGUGGUACAAGCGCGGUGGGACAGAGAGAGUCAGCUCUUCCUGCUGGAGUCUCGCCGGCUUUUGGUUCGAGAGGACGGCUGGUUGGAGUUUGAUGUCACGGCUACGAGCAGCCUGUGGGUGCAGAGUCCACACCAGAAUCUCGGGCUGCACAUCAGUGUGGAGAACAGCUUUGGGAGGAUCUUGGACCCAAAGGAGGCAGGGGUCGUGGGACAAGAUGGAGCCCAGGAGAAGCAGCCAUUCCUGGUGACUUUCCUGAGAGGAAAUGAGCCACGCGUACGCUCCACCCGCUCAGCUCGCUCCACCAGCAGGCGGCGCCAGCAGGGCCGCAACCGAUCUACCAAAGGCCAGGAUGGGCCCAGAGGCAGGGGGAUGGCAGACUACAACAGCAGUGACCUGAAGACUGCAUGCAGGAAGCAGGAGCUGUACGUCAGCUUCCGGGAGCUGGGCUGGCAGAACUGGAUCAUUGCUCCUGAACGCUAUGCUGCCAAUUACUGCGAUGGGGAGUGCAGCUUUCCGCUGAACGCCCACAUGAAUGCCACAAACCACGCCAUCGUGCAGACCCUGGUCCAUCUCAUGAACCCGGAGAACGUGCCCAAGCCUUGCUGUGCCCCCACCAAGCUGCACGCCAUCUCGGUGCUCUACUUCGACGACAACUCCAACGUCAUCCUGAAGAAGUACAAGAACAUGGCAGUGCGAGCAUGCGGCUGCCACUGACCCAGCUGAGCAAACAGCUCUGUGCCCCCCUCCCAAAUGCAGCUACAUCACUGCAGGACCAUGGGGGGGCAGAGACGCUGACCCGGCUGAGCAUACGGUUCUGUGCCCCCCUCCCAAAUGCAGCUACAUCACUGCAGGACCAUGGGGGGGCAGAGACGCUGACCCAGCUGAGCAUACGGCUCUGUGCCCCCCUCCCAAAUGCAGCUACAUCACUGCAGGACCAUGGGGGGGCAGAGACGCUGACCCAGCUGAGCAUACGGCUCUGUGCCCCCCUCCCAAAUGCAGCUACAUCACUGCAGGACCAUGGGGGGGCAGAGACGCUGACCCGGCUGAGCAUACGGCUCUGUGCCCCCUCCCAAAUGCAGCUACAUCACUGCAGGACCAAGGGGGGGGCAGAGACGCUGACCCGGCUGAGCAUACGGCUCUGUGCCCCCUCCCAAACGCAGCUACAUCACUGCAGGACCAUGGGGGGGCAGAGACGCUGACCCGGCUGAGCAUACGGCUCUGUGCCCCCCUCCCAAAUGCAGCUACAUCACUGCAGGACCAUGGGGGGGCAGAGACGCUGACCCGGCUGAACAUACGGCUCUGUGCCCCCCUCCCAAAUGCAGCUACAUCACUGCAGGACCAUGGGAGGGGGCAGAGACGCUGACCCGGCUGAACAUACGGCUCUGUGCCCCCCUCCCAAAUGCAGCUACAUCACUGCAGGACCAUGGGGGGGCAGAGACGCUGACCCGGCUGAGCAUACAGCUCUGUGCCCCCUCCCAAACGCAGCUACAUCACUGCAGGACCAUGGGGGGGGGCAGAGACGCUGACCCGGCUGAGCAUACGGCUCUGUGCCCCCUCCCAAACGCAGCUACAUCACUGCAGGACCAUGGGGGGGGCAGAGACGCUGACCCAUCUCUCUCAGGCAGCAAGCAAACGGUCCAUUUCUGGGCAUGUAACGGGACUAAAUGUCAUGUGGGGGGGGGGCUUCAUCUGUGUAUACUAAAUGGCAUGUGGGGGGGGGGUUCAUCUGUGUAUACUAAAUGGCACAGAACUUAACAUCGUGUGUCAAAUGAGCUGGAAUGCAGGGAGCAGGAAUGACAGGAGGAGACAGACACUUACGCAGCUUCAUCCCUGUAAUACUGGAGAAGUUUUAUGUCAGGUAACAGUACAAUAAGUGUUCAGCAGUUGUAGUGAUUCCCUAUGAAAAUAUGUAUUUACGAAAAGUUAAAUAAACAGUAGUGUAUAUAUUCAAA